UACAACAUGUCUGGAAUCAAGGGAAUCGGCGAGAGCAAGCAGUACGACGGUAGGCAAGCCUUCCAGACCAAGACACACGACCAGCUGCGCAUCGGCAUCGUUCACGCUCGAUGGAACACCCAGAUCAUUGACGCUCUGCUUGAGGGCGCAAAGAAGAAGCUCGCCGAAGCAGGCGUCCCUGACAGCAACAUCGAGAUCCAGACAGUACCCGGCAGCUACGAACUUCCCUACGCAGUGCAACAGAUGUACGCAUGUUCGCAAGCUCAAGCAUCAUCGGCCAACUCGACAUUGCUGAGCUCUGCCACCGAUCUCCUUUCGUCGUCGACGACCGAUCUCUCGCUCAAGGACAAGGAGGGCAGCAGCAGUGCAGCAGCGACCAAGCCCUUCGAUGCCAUCAUCGCAAUCGGUGUUCUGAUCAAGGGCUCGACAAUGCACUUCGAGUACAUUUCGGAUGCUGUCAGCCAUGCCCUUAUGAAGCUCCAGCUGGACAUUGGCAUUCCCGUCGUCUUCGGUCUGCUCACCUUGUUGACUGAAGAGCAAGGCCUCGAACGCGCUGGCCUAGUUUCGGGCUCGAAAUACCACAACCAUGGCGAAGACUGGGGUGCAGCCGCCGUCGAGCUGGGAGUCAAGAGAAGAGGUUGGCAGGAAGAGAAGACAUUCAUCCAGUAA